UCUGUACCUCUGCCUUCCCAGGAGUGUCCGGGCCCAGCAGCCUCACAGUGCAGCGUCCAAGGCUAGGCACUAGAGAGUCCCCUCCCUCCCUGCGGCCGUGGGCGGGGUUAGGAGACUUUCAGUUUUGUUUUCCUGUGGGCUAGAAACUCACCAGGAAGCCUCUUGGAGUGAACAUGGAGGAGGAAUUCCUGGUGUGUAGGAAUUGCAUGAAAAAUGUGCCCUCCUCCCAUUUCAUCCUCCACGAGGCCCACUGCCUGCGGUUCCUGGCCCCUCAGCGGAAGGAGCCUGUCCUGGGAGCAAAGACACAGGAGCACUGUGAGCAGAGGGACUCACAGGUUAAGUGUGUGAUGUGCCACCAGAGUGUACAGAAAUCCUUGCUGAAACUGCAUGAGGCCAAGGAGUGCCAGGAGCGCCCUGUGAAGUGCAGGUUCUGUGAGCUGACCAUGCAUGUUAGUACGCUGGAGACCCAUGAGGCCCACUGUGGCUUCCGGACCGAGCGCUGCCCACACUGUGACCAGCUGAUCUUGCUCUGGGUGCUGGACCAGCACAGAGAUGUUUGUCAACUUAAACAGGCUCUGUCCAGGGAAGGGGAAAGGACUUCAGUUCCUUCAAGGAAAAUCUGUAAAUAUUGUGAUAAAAUAAUUUCAGGAAGUCUGCAGAGCCACUACAUGGAGGACUGUUCGGCAGCCUCAGAGCCUCUGAAAAAGCUGCUCAUAUCUUUUCCAAGUCGUCCUGGUGGAAAUCAAACUCCCACAGAAGAGAAAGCUGUCCGUCCAAAGACAAAAGAUAUAAACAGAUCUCCUCUCCUUUUUGAAAGUUCAACAAAUCAAGCACCAAGAGACACAGACAGACCCAUGAAUCUGCCUUCAGAAUCUGAGCUUGGCUCCGGGGCUGCCUCUCCUGCAGAGAACGAGCCGCCCUAUGACAUCCUGAAGAGAUGUUUGCAAUGCGGGAUCCUGCUUCCCCUGCCCAUUCUGAACCAACAUGAGGUAAAAUGCAGACAAUUAGCUUUUUCAAGGGAAAGCAGGUGAGCAGAUCCAGCUAGAUUUGGAAGGAAGAACUAUGAAUUUAGAAGACUUCCUGCUUGCACUGGCUUUCCUGCGCCCUGUUGGUGAUGGCUGCUACUUGUGAAAAGAUGGAUUUCAUCCCUUCCUAUUUAGAGGACAAAGCUUGCACUUUAACCAUGUGCCUUCUUUUGAACAGACAUUGGUUUCCCUACGGGCUCCAGGUAACCAGGAGAGAAAGAGAUUCCAGGUCUCUCUGGCAGAGCAUUCUGAUUAAAUGUCUAGAAUCAGUAGCUGGGGUGCCUAGGGGACCCCCACUUUGUCCCUGAAAAAUAAAAAACGCCUUCCUUGAAA